GGCAGAACUGUUAAGACUGUAAUAAAGUCCAUGGGCAGAGCGACCCCUACUGUGUAUAAAAUGGUAUGAUCUGCGUUGUGCAGCUUAGAAUCAUGUCAUAUUGCAUACUAUUUCUCCCAUUCAUUGUGGCUAUCAGGCCUAUUGCAACACAAUGAAAGUUCUCUUACUAAAGGACCCCAAAGGUGGUGAUUUGGCUUCAGAUCCAUAUGUAAAGGAAUUGUCAACACAUGGAGUACAAGCAACGCUUAUCCCAGUGUUAUCCUUUACAUUUGUAUCCCUCGAGGAUUUCUUUGACAAGCUUUCCCAUCCUGAAAAUUAUGAUGGUCUAAUUUUUACCAGCCCAAGAGCAGUAGAAGCCAUCAAAUUAUGUUUGGAAAAGCCUAAUAAUAAAGAAGUGUGGGAGCAUUGUCUGAAAGACAAAUGGAAUUCAAAACCAGUCUAUGUGGUCGGAAAAGCUACAGCUGCUCUUGUUGCUGAAAUUGGAUUACUUUCAGAAGGUGAAGAAUCUGGCAAUGCGGAAAAACUCGCUGACCAUAUUUGCUCCAAGGGAACUGUGCCUUCAACACCAAUUCUAUUUCCUUGCGGGUCUUUAAAAAGAGAAGUCCUUCCGAAAAGACUGAAAGAAAAAAAUGUACCUCUGGAGACUAUUACGGUUUAUCAAACGACCCAGCAUCCUGAUAUACAAGCAACUCUGACACAUUAUUUCACAAAGGAAGGCAUACCAGCAAGCGUUGUGUUUUUUAGUCCCUCCGGAGUCAAAUAUUGCCUCAAGUUUCUUCAACAACUAGCAAAUGAUCAAUUCAAGAAAAUUAAGUUUGCCGCGAUUGGUCCGACAACAGCCGAAGCAAUGAUUGCAGAAGGAGUGUGUGUAAGCUGUACUGCGGAAAAUCCUACACCUGAACAUUUGGCUCAAGGACUAAAAGAAAUAGGAAAAUCAUAACUAUUUUAAAUAAUGUUUGCAGCCGCUUUACAUCCUAGAGGAAGUGUAACACUUCACAUUGCAGUAACACACAAAUAAUUAACAAAUGUGAAGAGUUGGUAAUGUAUGGAAAAGACAAUAAGUAGAGGUGAUAGAGGCUGCCCUUUCAUUUCCACGAAAUUUGGUGAAAAAAACGUGCAAAAUAUAUCAAAAGAAACCAAAA